AUGCCUGCAUUGAUCCUCUCGGCGUGGGUCUUACUUAGGCAGGGCCCCACUGGCCUAGGUCUCACUUCUGCUGCAUAUCGCAUCCUGAAGUUUCUCGCAUUUCUCCAUGCCGCCAUAGUUGGGGUCCUUAUUUUUAUCGGGCCAGCAGGUUUAUUUCAAACGCUGUAUGACAUUGCCCAGAGACUUCACAACAUGCCGUAUGGAUGGCUCAUUCUCUUUGCCAUCGCUAUCAUUGUCUCUUUCCCUCCACUCCUUGGACAUACAGCCAUUAAUUCGAUUUGCGGAUUUGCUUUUGGCGCCAGAGGGUGUUUAAUAGCUAUCCCUGCAGCCGUUAUUGGGUCGGCUGCGUCAUUCUUGCUACUGCGAGCCACAUUUAGACGGCGUGUAAAAGCGUGGGCGAAGCAGAGUAAGAAAUGGCAAGCAAUGGAGCAGGUCAUCGUGCGUAUCGUAUCCGCCGCGGUGAUGUGCGAUGCGAAAGGCCUGCCAUUGAUCGUCCUCAUUCGGCUUUGCCCACUUCCUUGGGUCUACUCUAAUGCAUUCUUUGCUUCCAUUGAGAGCGUUCGGUUGUGGCAAUUCGUCUUUGCGACGCUGUGCCUUUCCCCAAAAAUAUUUCUCGCCGUCUUCAUCGGCUCGCAGGUUGCCGAUCUGUCCGAUGGAACGCACCGAAAGGCCCUCUCCACGGGCGUCAAAAUUCUAGACAUCCUCUCCAUUGCCGUGAGUGUUGGACUCGCGUUGGGAACUGGGUGGUAUGUGUGGUCGAUGACUGACGCACAUAUUCAAAACAUAGAGGAUCUUCCACGAGAGACCGGUCGUUUGGUAACUGACGUUUUAGACAGUGUCGGCACUCCGCUAUUGCACAAUUUCUCGAGUGAGCCAACCGACGAGUCAGUGCCAUUAAAUCAGAUUGUAGCGGAUCUGACAACCCCAUAG